CUUGAAACUUGAAAGAUAAGAAUUUCAAAUGCAUGUAUAAGGCAAAAGGCAAUGCUAUGUAACAAAGAGUGCAUUAAACUAGGAUUAUAAUUAACUAUGUUUGCAACAUAUGUUCAUAUAUUUUUUGUACUGUUAUACAAUGGAUUUGCAUAUGGGAUUGUUUGCCAAGAUGGUUGGGUAACAUUCCAAGAUUCGUGCUAUCUGUUUGCAAGAAACCACAAGUCAUCUUUUACCGAAGCAGAGAACUAUUGUAGACAGCAUGGGGGACACCUUGUAGAAAUUGAGACCAAAUAUGAAAAUAUGUUUAUCAGGGACUAUCUUCGUGGGAUGAUAGGGGAGCAUCAUUGGAUUGGAUUGACUGAUGAAAUAGUUGAAGGAGUUUGGAAAUGGUAUGCUUCAAAACGUACACCUUCAUUCACAGGUUGGAAUGUGAAUGAACCGAAUUCACACGGUGGCGAUGAAGACUGUGCUGUUUUAUCGUCAGCAGAAGAUUACAAUUGGGCUGAUGUUCCUUGUGACGGAAGAGAUCCUGCUGAACCAAUAUGUGAAGUCAAUCAAGCAGAUGUCGAUUUAAUUGGAUAGACAGAAAAUUCCAAUAAACUGAUGUAAUUACGAAUGUUAAAGAAUAUAGAAUUUUUCAGAUUGUUACAAAUUGAGAUAUUAGUUUCCUUUAUUUCAUGAUUAAAACUAGUUUACCCCUUAUGUGUAGA